ACACUGAGCAUGCGUCGCUGGAAUAAUGGAGGACUGUCUUUUCCACACGGACUGAAGAUGUCUGUAUUUCUACUCUACAGCCCGCUCUGAGAAAAAAACAACAACUCGUCCACACUUCGACGCGUAGUUUAAGUCAAAGAAAGAAACCCAAGAUGACUACAGACACGCCGGCCCAAAGCGUGGGCUCCAGGAUAAUGACUUUCACCCCCUCCAAAGAGGAGUUCAAGGACUUCAGCCAGUACAUUGCCUAUAUGGAGUCACAAGGAGCACACAAAGCUGGAAUGGCAAAAGUUAUUCCACCCAAAGGCUGGAAACCCAGACAGACGUACGACAAUAUUGAUGACCUGGUGAUCCCAGCUCCCAUUCAGCAGGUGGUGACCGGCCAGUCGGGACUGUUCACCCAGUACAACAUCCAGAAGAAGCCGAUGACUGUCCACGAGUUCCGCAAGACCUCCAACAUGGACAAGUUCCGCAAUCCCAGAUACGUGGAUUUUGACGAGCUGGAGAGGAAGUUUUGGAAGAACCUGACCUUCAACCCACCCCUUUACGGGGCCGAUGUCAGCGGGACUCUGUAUGAUCCAGAUGUGACCGAGUGGAACAUCGGCCGCCUCAACACCAUUCUGGACACCGUGGAGAACGAGAGCGGGAUCAAGAUCAAAGGAGUCAACACACCGUACCUGUAUUUCGGGAUGUGGAAGAGUGCCUUUGCGUGGCACACGGAGGACAUGGAUCUGUACAGCAUCAACUACCUUCACUUCGGAGAGCCAAAGUCCUGGUACGUCGUCCCACCAGAGCAUGGGAAGAGACUGGAACGACUUGCCAAAGGUUUCUUUCCGGGGAAUGUCCAGGGCUGUGAAGCCUUCCUGCGCCACAAGAUGACUUUAAUUUCACCUUCAAUCCUGAAGAAAUAUGGCAUACCAUUUGAGAAGGUCACUCAGGAAGCCGAGCAGUUCGUCGUGACGUUCCCUUUUGGUUACCAUGCUGGUUUCAACCACGGCUACAACUGUGCCGAGUCGACCAACUUCGCCACCCAGCGAUGGAUUGAUUAUGGCAAACAGGCGACUCUGUGUUCCUGCCGUCAGGACACGGUGAAGAUCUCCAUGGACGUGUUUGUGCGCAAAUUUCAGCCCGACCGCUACAAGCUGUGGAAGGCUGGGAAAGACAACGCUCCCAUCGACCACUCCAAACCCACACCGGAGGCUGCCAAGUUUCUGGAAGAAGACAAGAGCGAGCCUCCAAAAGAGAGUCCCAGUGAAGCUGGAUCUGAGGAGCCCACUACUCCUGUCCCGGAGGACAAAAGUCCAAAGCCUCAAACUGGGACAAAGCGUCAGCUCCAGGCUGUUGAAGCCUCCGAAGACAUCAAGCCUGAGCUGACAGUGAAGGAGACGGACGAGGUGGAGCCGAAGAAGGCCAAGCUGUCACGCAAGGAGUGUCUGACUAAAGUCAAGCCAGGCAGAGAUGCGGUGAAAGUCAAGGCGGAGCCUAAGAAGGACAAAGACACCAAGCCUCAGACUAAAUCUCAGUCCAAAGGCAGCGCUAAGAAAAGUUUAAACCGACAAAGUGUCUCCAAAAAAGAGAAGAACGGCGUGUCAGCUGCAGACCCGUGUCCUCCUGAGCCUGCUGAGAGCCGGGCAGUGGCCCCGUGCUCCGAGGAAGAGGCGGCGCCGGCGCCUCAGCUGGCCAGCAUCUGCAGUCCAGCACACAAGCUGUUCCAGAGGACGCUGAGCCCUGCGGACGUCCUGCAUGUUCACAGCUACGCCAAAGGAGACUACGGGGAGGGAGAAGCCCCGCCCAAGGAGGACAAGAAGAGCGAGGACAGCGAGGACGAGGAGGAGAAAGACAACAGACAUGUUAGCAAAGCAGUAGCAGAGGAGGUGGCAGGAGAUGGAGAGCCAGAGAGUGAUCUAGGACAGCUGCCAGGCCACCAUCCGCUCAUAAAGGACGGCAUGAGUGAUGAAGAGGCUCUGGAGGAGGCCCCCCCAGUGGAGGAGGGUGGUCUGGAAGGGGAGAGCUGGGCUAAACCACUGGCUCACCUGUGGCAGAGCAAACCUCCCAACCUGAAGAAAGAGAGGGUGUACAACCAGCGCAUGGGAUCCAAAGCUCCAUACUGCUCCAUCUGCGCACUGUUCCACACAUACCAGCAGACUGAAUGUGCGAGCGGUGUAGACGGUCCCGUCAUGGUGGCCGGUGGGCGGAUGCGGACCAAGCCUCUGAUCCCGGAGAUGUGCUUCACCACCACCACAGAGGAGGACUCUGAGUAUGAGGAGCAGCCCGUCACGCCUCACCUGGAAGAAGACGGAACCAGCCUCCUAAUCAGCUGCUCUCGGUGCAACAUCCGGGUUCACACCAGCUGCUACGGUGUGGAUCCGGCCAGUGUGAGCAAGGAGUGGAAGUGUGCGCGCUGCAGGGCCAACGCCAUGACUGAGAACUGCUGUUUGUGUUCGCUGAGAGGUGGAGCCCUGCAGAAAGCCAACAACAACAAAUGGGUACAUGUGCUGUGUGCAGUGGCUGUGCUGGAGGCGCGCUUUGUCAACACCACUGAAAGAAGUCCUGUGGAUUUAAGUGGAAUCCCUUUGCAGAGAUUUAAACUGAAAUGUUACUACUGUAAGAAGAGGAUGAAGAAGGCGUCGGGCUGCUGCGUGCAGUGCUCCCACGGCCGCUGUCCCACUGCCUACCAUCCCACCUGCGCCCAGGCUGCCGGAGUCCUCAUGCAGCCUGAGGAAUGGCCCUUUGUGGUGCACGUCACCUGCUGUCGACACAAAGGCCCCACUCAGAUUGAGCGCAAUAAGGCAGCCAUGCAUGAGCUGACUGUGGGACAGAAGGUGAUAUGCAAGCACAAGAACGGCCGCUACUACCAGUGUGACGUGGUGCAGCUGUCUAAAGAGACGUUCUACGAGGUCAACUUUGAUGACGGUUCCUUCAGCGACAAUCUCUUCCCCGAAGACAUCGUGAACCGAGACUGUGCUCAGCUCGGACCACCACCCCAGGGUGAUGUGGUUCAGGUGCGAUGGACAGACGGCCUGGUGUAUGGGGCCAAAUUUGUGGCAGCGCAUGCCAUCCACAUGUACCUGGUGGAAUUUGAGGAUGGCUCACAGCUAACAGCCAAGAGAGACGACGUCUACGCUCUGGAUGAAGAACUCCCCAAGAGAGUCAAAUCCAGACUGUCUAAAGCUUCAGACAUGAGAUUUGACGGCAUCUUUGAAGAGAAGGAGAUCAUCAAGCAGUCAAAGAGGCAGAGAGUGAUCAACUCGCGUUACAGGGGUGACUACAUCGAGCCUGUGAUUUACAGAACCAUCAUGGAGUAGCCAUCACUCCCCCACACAUACACACACACACACACACCACCAGCACUGACAGAAUGAACUGUGCUCACUGUAACCUUAACUUAGCAGCUAGCCACUGAGAGUGUAGCUCCAGAUGACUUCCUUCAGGACCCACUUUGGACUUUGGACAUUUUAUUUUAUUUUUCUCAUUUAUCCACCUUUUGUUAACGCAAACAAGAGUUUGGUUUGCUUUGUUCUACUGCGAUCAAAGAAACGGCAGUCCUGUAAGUUCCGUUGUUUAUCCAUAGGACUCCGCACACAGUGCAGUAGGCUAACGUACAUAAAGGUAGGAAGCAAUACAACAAAAUGGCAUUUGUUCAAGAAAGUAGCAUUUUGAUAUUAAUGUAAAAUUAAUUGCUCUGAACUAAACAUUUUAAUUACCUCUGCCACAUAUGUAUUUAAGUUGAGAGAUAAUAUCUCCAUUGUUUUAUUUCUUUCCUGCUGCCAUUAGUGGCUAUGAUACGGAGCCCAACAGGUAUCAAAGGUCGUUUUCAUUUAUUUAAUUUAGUAAAUUACUAAAUUGUGCCAUCACUUGGCUGAAUAAAUGCUUUCAAACUAACUCCCUUAUUUCAAUUAUUUGAUUUAUAGUUUUUUGCUUGAAAGAAAAAGACACAAACUAUUUUCUAUUGAUUUGACUUAUUCAUUAAUUGACUCACCAGGGGUAACAUCUAAAGACGUUACCCCUGAUACCUUCAGGCUCCGUAUUCUGAGCAGUCUAGUUCUGCUAUGCUAAUUGGAUGAAACACAACUUUAUGUAGGGAUAUGCACCAUGAGACUUUUCAAAUAAUGAGGUCCUUAAAACAUUGACAAAGGGCCCCUCUCCAAGACACGGCCGCAAUAUUACAGAAAAAUGCAGGACCCUAAAUGUGUAGUAUUCCAGUCUUCUUUUCGUCUCACUGACUCAUAGAGUACUGAAGUACUAUAGUGGGGGAUUACUAUUAGCUUGCUAGGCUGAAUUGACUAUACCUAGUCUUUUGCUCUGUCUACUCCAUUAAAAUAGUUUAGGAGUAGAACGGACAUUCCCAUUAAAAUCAAUGUAGGAGGACGGUCAGAGCGGCAGACCUUUUUAUAUGUAGCGUCGCCAUUGCAGGCUAACUAACUAUAAACAAAAUGUUGCACUAAGAACUCAAACGAGUAGUGGAGUAACGAAGCGUGAAGAGCCAAAAUAAAUAAGUCAAGUUUAAAAACGUCAUCCACACACAAUAUAGAAAAACACAAUGCUAUCAACAGAUAAGUGUAGCAUGAAAGCAUGGUGGGAUUCGCAAGCUAACUAGCGGACGUCUGUCGAAUUAGCAAGUUUGGUAGUUCCACCAAUCUUCAAUGCUACACCGGUUACAAAAAAUGAGCAGAGCAGCGGGUUGACUGACGUGUGUUGUCACAAUAACAUCUACUUGAUAAUACAUUUAUGGGCGUAGAUAAUCUGCAUAGCCAGAGCAAGACAUUUCUUUACAUCACAUACAAGCCAACCAACAGGAGCUUUAUCUCAACACAACCGGGAGAAACGUCCUGUAUCCAACACAAAGGGUACCGAAGGGGUCAAGUAGCAGAGCUCCACGCUAAGUAACGCUAGGCUCGUCAAUGACCUCAUCCGUCAUCUUGCUGAAAAUCAUAUUGGCUUUAGGAACCUCUCGAGUUUAAUAACAUCAUUGAGACAUUGAUAUAGCCACAGUCAGACUCUUUCCAGGAGUAUAUCAAAAAAAUUACAUUGCACUAGUAUUAUCCUUUUAAAUGAUAGCAGCGUUAGAGUCUGUUAGCUACUCGCCGCUCGUGGCCUAGAAGGAUGCACAGAAAGUUUGUACCUGCAAUCCUAAAUGGUGCCCGCCAUUUCUUGAAACAAUGAAGUUACAGGGAGAUUAUUUUUUUAACAGCAAACAAACACACACAUCCAGAAAAGUACUGAAACUAAUCGGUUUUCUCUACUACCGUAGGUACAGUACCUUUCUGUACCAAUACCAAAUCCCUUCUUUUUUUGAUACCUUACUUUGAGAAAAUUGUAGAUCUUUUAAAAUUUGAUUAGAUUUCUACGGAUAUGUGCAUCGAGAAAAAGGGAAGCCAAAGCUUUUAAAUGUUGUUAAACACAAACACAAGAACAUUGAAAAGGUUCAAAUUUCAAUUGCUAUGCAGAACUAUCUGAGUAAGUAGACAUGAUUACUAAUCUGACCAGAUACUCACCAACAGCUUUUUGGCCCUCGGCAGCUUUUUCUGCUUGGUGCUAUGGGUACAUUUAGUUGUGUACCCAAGAAAGUUUUAGUAUAAUCUGCACUUUUAAAGUGGACAUCAAUAUUUGAGAGUUUACAAAAGAAAACCAGAUCAUUGAAACAAACAUGUUUUGUUAAGGAUUGGUAGAGCUUGGCAUUAUCUCCGUAAAUAGUGUGACAGAAUAAUCUGGUCUUUUCUCUGGGCUCUCAACUGCAAUUUGAAGCCCUAAAAAAAAAAGCUAGCAAGUGGCCUUUUAAAUUGAGAUUAUUCUGUUAAUCAUGUGACCAAGAUAUGUAUUGGGCUGUGAAAACAAAUAGAAUUUGAGACACCGUUUUGGACAGACUGAGCUCCCGAGUGGAACGCUGCAGACUUUGCGUGUGCAAUUUAAAAAAAGUGUUUUACUGAAUAGUUUUGUUGUUUGAAAGAAUCCCCCGACAACUUCACACACCUGUGAGUAGAAACGUUUACCACAGCAUUCCGGACGACAUGAUUGUGAAAAAUGGACACAGAAAUAUGAAUAAUAUAUGGUUGGAAUAUUUCUUUAAGUAGGAGCUGUGCCAUUUAAUCCUCUUUAACUGUAACAAGGAACAGCAAUCCUUUUACCUUUUGAAUUUAGAAGAACGAAGUAUAGCUUGUUUUUACCAGUAACAACAGUAACACUGAGGUUGAGAUUGAUUUUUCUACAGGAUAUAUACACAUUUUAAAGAACCCAGUCAGAUUUUGUAUGCGCUUUGUCUACCCAAUUGUUCCCUCACUCUUCGAUUGAAAGUUGUGGAUCGCACUUUUAUUUAGGUCCAGUUUGCUGCCAUUGCCUAUUUUUAAAAGAAACAAAGGUGUUAAUUGCGUGUUCAUAAAAUGUCUUACAGUUUGCGCGCCCCUUAAGCUCAUUGGUCACAUUGCACUAGUUACCGGGACACGGUGGCCUUCAUCAUAGACCUGUGAACUUGUUCUUGUUGAGACUGCAGACGGAGGAACGGGCGCUUUCCAGUUCGUCGCUGCCAAUUCCAUCAGUUCAGUGGAGAAUGAAUUUAUUGUAUUCAUAAAGUAUCAACAGAGUUGUACAUUGAAGGGGGUAUUUUCUAUUCUAUUUUAUCGCGUUGUUUUGUAAAACAUGCUCUGUGUAUUUUUCACAGGAACCUGUGAGGUGUAAAUGUUAUGUAGUCUAUUUUAAGAUGUUACCUGUUACCCAGGAGAUGAGCUGUCUGUUCUCGUUCUCUCCUCCUGAAGAGAAAUAACUGAAGCAAUUUGUCAAAUUAAUUUGUUUGUUUCAGUAAAGAAAAUUUGCUUCAGUCUUCA